GCGGUGACAUCAGACCAGACCCAGCUGACCGCGAGCGCGCCUGAUCGGGCCCCCAAGGGCGGGAUCAGCAGCCUGCCCAUGACCUCCGGCGGCAGGCGCUUCCAGCUCUGGGCCCCAGGGCUCUUCUGCACCGAGCGUCACCUGGCCAAGCGCCUCAAGAGCAACGGCUUCUACCCAUUCACGCAGCAGCAGCCUAAUGUCUUCGUGCUCGAGUACUACCUGGACACGCUGUGGAAGGGGACGCUGCUCUUCGUCGCCUGCCUCUUCCUCGUCAGCCUCGGCCUCGUGAGCCAGGUGCAGAAGCAGGAGACUUGGGCGUUCCCUGCGUACGGCAUGGGCGUGGGCCUGUGGCUCGUGAUCUCGUCGCUGCCGCGGCGCCGCCUCGUGCUGAACCACACGCGCGGCAUGUACCACUUCUCCAUCCAGGGCCGCACCGUGUGUCAGGGCCCCCUGCACCUGGUCUACGUGCGCCUGGCGCUCAGCUCCGACGCGUACGGAAGGUGCUUCUUCCAGCUGGUUCUGUCUGGCCACAAACUGGAGCCUCUGGUGCUGAUACACCUGUCAGAGCGCUACGAGCAAAUGGAAUACUUGGGCCGUCACAUCGCCCGGAAGCUGAACAUUAACUACUUCGACUGCCAGGCCGCGUCGUACCGGCAUGUGGUCCGCCACCGGCCGCCGGGGGCCGCCUUCAGCCCGGGCAUCGUGCUGUGCAAGACCGGCGCCUACGGCGAGCCGGGCUCUCAGUCCGACCUGGACGUGUGACCCCGGGACCGGCACCUCAGCCGAGGCCAGCACUCUCCCUUCCCCUCAAUCUUCCACCCACCCCUGACCACUGGCCUGCCUCUCAAUAAAGCUGCUCGUUGCUCCCA